GCCGGGCACAGGUCUAGUGUCGCGUUAGCCGCCGUGACGAGAACAUCGUUGUUACGUUACGUUACGUUCGCUCGUGAAAAUUUUCCCGCCCAGUUCGGCGCAAUUUGAACGAUUCUCCCGCUACAUUGGAUAUAUUCUUUCGUUCGCAGUGAGAGUGCUUGUGUUGAUAAACUUUUGAGACUUAUUGAAGAUUUUUUUUUUCAGUACAAAAUGAAGUUAACACUUGCGCUCGCCGUCUGAUGUGCAGUGAAAUGGAGUGUUCGUUCUGAGAGGCGCUGAGGCGGGGAGAAGAUGUGGGAGAGGCGCGCGUGACGAAGUCGUGUCGGAUGCGUCGGGGCAGUGUGUACAGCGUGUGCGAAGGCGUGGAGCGGUGUACCUGCACUAGGUAGCGCGGGUGCGGGCGCGGGUGCGGGUGCGAGCAUGGCCACGGCGGGUUGAUGGACGCGGGCUGGUGGUCGCCGUCGCCGUCGGCCUCGCCGCCGCCGCCGCCCCGCGCCCCGCCGCCGCGUUGCCGCUGCCGACCGCUCUCCAACAGCUACAACUGCUUGCCUCACUACGAUGGAUGGCCAGAAGUCGAGGACGAGUCCACCGGGGGCGCGCUCCGGGAGAGGGAGUUGCGUUCCCUACACCGCACCGUGCCCGCGCUGCGGCGCCGGGAGCUCGACACCCGCGCAAUCAAACACCAUUUCUACCCCGAGGGUGGGUGGGGUUGGAUCGUAUGCGGCGCGGCUUUUCUGGCCCACCUGCUGUCAACGGGGCUACAGCUAGCCUACGGAGCUCUGCAUGUAUACGCGCUGCGGCACCUGGGACCGGCUGCCGACCACGCUGUAUGGGCUGGAGCUAUUUGCGUGGGAGUGUCCCGCGCCGCCGGUGCUCUGGUAGCCGCGCGACGCAAGUCACCGCGCAUGGCCGCUCUCAUCGGAGGCUUGCUCUUGCCGCUCGCUUGUCUCUUCACGUCCUUCGCUACGCAACUACAUCAAACUCUUUUAAGCUACGGUGUGGUUCUAGGGGUGGGUUGUGGCUUAGUGCGCGAAGCCGCUGGUCUGGUGCUGGGCACUUACUUCAGACGACGUCGGCAGUUUGUGGAGCUGGUGGCACACGCUGGCGGCGGCGUUGGCAUCGCACUGUUUAGUGUAGCUUACAAGGAAGCUGUGGGAAAACUAGGUUGGAGACUAGGGUUGCAAGCUGUGACGGGCGUGUUGGUGUUGGCAUUUUUUCUCAGCGCUGUUUACCGAAGCGCUUCCCUCUAUCAUCCGCAGCGACGCGCCAUUUUGCAUCUCAAGAAUCAACGAAGAAAGGUAAAAGAGAAGAAAGGCCUAAAAUCGUCCUCAUUUAUCGAUUUAACUCCAUUAAACUCACGAUCAGCGAAAGUAUUGUUGCUAGCGGCUGGACUUGCAGCAUUUGGGCUUUACACUCCUGUGUUUUUUCUGGCCUUACAAGGAUUCCAGGAAGGUUUGGAAGAGAGUGCAUUGGUGUUGUUGCAAACGUUCCUUGGAUUUGCUGCUGUGCUGGGUUGUGCUGGCUUUGGGCUCGUGCUCGUUCGACCGUCAGCACAGUGCCUUGUGUCCAAGCAGUACUUGUGUCAAACAGCCAUGUUGGGAAUAGGAAUUUCCAUGCUCGCUCUAAGCAGUGUCGAAGGAUAUCAUGGAUACGUACUUUUUGCUUGGAUGUAUGGCUUAUGCCUGGGAGGAUUUUUGUAUUCAAUGAAAAUGUUAACUAUGGAACGAGUUCGAGGAAGACAUUUUACGAAAGUUUGGAGUUUCGUGCAAGGAGCGGAGGCAAUUCCUGUGAUAGUUGGAGUACCUGUGACAGGUUACAUCAAUCAGCAAGCACCAAGAGCGGGAUUCUAUUUUUCAACAGCUGCCACUUUAGCCGGCGCCUUGAUGUUGUUCUUCGUGGGUUUCUCCAAACGAGAUCCAGAACCACCGCCGCCGGCGCCAGCACCUACCAUAUCAGAAGCUUGCUUGUGUGUGACUCCACCACCGAGGUGUGAGCCAGCCUGGUGUGCGUGCAGUGCAGGGGGAGCAACUGCUUACUGUGCUUGGCCUGGGCCCAGGUGUACGUCGCGAUUGCCCAAGUCACUGUCAUACGCUGCUCCAUUAGAUCGCACUUGCUGCUCAGCAGCACAUUACCCUGAGUGCUGUCGUCGCGCUGCUUUGCUGCGACCUUCGCGAAGUGUUCCAGAAGGUUUAGCACGUCAGGGCAGCACCUUCAGUCGCUCGGCCUCUUGUAAGGCUCCAUGUCAUCGCCGCGAACACCACCUAAUAGAACAAAUUACGACGUCUGUCUAAUCCAAAUUCAACUUUAACCUAAUGACUUUUGAGUGUUGAUUUGUUCAGAGUGAAUUUGGUACCUGAUAGAUACUUUGUAAAAUAAUAAAUGUAAAUAUUUUUGUCGGUAGGCGUUAUUUUUAAUGUCAAUGUGAUAGAUCAAUUGAUGAAGCAAUAAAUGGCACCAUCUUGGUAACAUAGAAAACUGAUUCUUAUUGAAGCAUGGCAUAGUACAGCCUUUUGUUAUUGUGACCGAUGGUAGGAUGAAAUUCAAUGGUUUUUAUAAAAAAAUAAAUGUUGAUUAUUUUAUUUAUCUAAUAAUGAUUUAUUUAUUAUACUAAUUAAACAAAAUUUAUAGUAAUUAUAGAAAUAUAUGUACGUUUUUGAAUCAAAAUGAUUUCAUAAAUUCGUUUCAGAUAUUAUUAAUAUAAAAGUUUUAGAUAAAGAAUGUUUAUUAAAAGGAAUGUUGAUAAAUAAAAUAGGGUCUUGUACGCGACUGUUAGACCAUUUUUCCUAUUCUCCAAAUAAAUGUGGGACCUCCAAAAAUGUAGUUAAAAUUGAAAUAAUGUAAAAUUCUAAUUAAAAUAAAUCCUCUGUGUACCUUGUUCAACGUCUUUAAAAUUAUAAGAAAAACUUUGAAUAACAAUCUUUCUUAUUAAGAUUUAGAUAAGAGGAAAUAAAUGAAACUUUUAAAAAUUAUUCUAUAAAAAAAUAAUUAAAUAAAGUGAAACCCAAUAGUAUUAAAGUAAUUUUGUCAAUUUUAGUAAGUUAUGUACAAUUGAAAUUUAUUAUUGUUUUGAUAUUAUUAAUUUUGUUAUUGUUACAAAUAUAUUUUAUGUAAGUAAUCAGACAUUGGAAUGUUUCUCAUGUUCAUACGUUUGUUAUUUUUAUGCUAAACGUGAGGUAUUAUAUUAUUGAUGAAACAAAUUAAAUGAAAAC